AUGUACAUACACAGAAAUACACAUGCACAGACACAUGUACAUACACACAGACACAUGUACAUACAUACACAGACACAUGUACAUACAUACAUACACAGACACAUGUACAAACAGACACAUGUACAUACACGCAGACAUGUACAGAUACACACAUGUACUGUACAUGCAUACACAGACACACACACACGCACGCUGUUAGACACACACACACCUAUAAAAAGUUGCAGUACUUCGUUGUUCACUCAGAGAGCUGGGUACUGCACUCUAGGGGGAGGCAGAGAGCACAGCACACACUCCUUCCUUUGCUUUCACUGCGCUCAGCUAUUGAGCAGUCUGACGGUUCCCAGUGCCAAUGACAGAUUUGGCCUGAGCUCCGAGCCUGCUCAGCAAGAUGGCCCUGGGGGACGCACUCGCCCCUACCAUAAUUUCCACUCGCCAUUGGCAAGUGGGUGAGUGGAAAUUUCAAGGCCUGUUCUA